AUGGAUGCAGAUUCAAUCUACCUUGGAAGCAAUGAUGUGCCGAGCCUUCUCAAUAACUAUGACUGGGGCUGCAAGGAGUUGGUACCGACAGCUCAAUCCAAGGUCGAUCGACACCUUUGCCGAGCUCAACAGGUCAUUCCUGACCUAGUUGGCAAGAAGAGUCGGAAGCCGUCGACCCACUUGCUUACCCUCAGACAGAGGAGCGGGGAAUCGCUGAAAGACUACAUCUCCCGUUUCAAUGAAGAGGCACUGCAAGUAGACGACUACUCCAAUAAGAUGACACUAUCUGCAAUGAUCAACGGACUCAAGGAAGGGAGAUUCCUAUUCUCGAUAGGGAAGAACCCUCCGUCAACCCUUGGGAAGAGGCAGAGGGACGAAGCGCCGCAGCAUGCAGACAAAAGGAGGUCAGAUGACAAUGCCUCCCGGACAGGAGGCCGAGUAGGAGGCCCGAGAGCAAAUUCAGCUCGUACACUCCUUCAAUACGUCUCCAGAGAAGAUCUGCUAGACAUUCGAGAUCAGAGAGAUCAAGACCUCAUCCACAAGGGUCAUUUGCGCCAGUGUGUAAAAGAAAAGAGGCAGACCCAGAAGGAUGACCAUCCUCGCAAAGCUGCGAAGGAGGCUACGGAGAUCCGGACGAUCUAUGGGGGCCCGUCCAGUGGUAGAGAUUCGAAUUGGGCUCAUAAAGCCCACUACAGGAACACCGACCCUGAGCAUUACAUCUACUCGGCUAAAGGGCCGAUGACAGAAUUCCGAGUAAGCACCUACAACCUCAUGUUUACAGAGGAUGACACGCAUGGCAUCCAACAGCCCCAUGACGAUGCCUUGGUGGUUGCGAUGACGAUAGCCAAUCACAAGGUCUAUCGUAUCCUAGUCGACAUUGGAAGCUCGGCUGAUAUACUCUACUCUAAGGCGUUUGACAAGAUGGGGAUAGACAGGUCGCGCCUCCGACUCGUGAACACUCCGUUGCACGGAUUUGCUGGAGAUAAGGUGAUCUUCGAGGGUGUUAUUUCCCUCCCAAUUAUAGCGGUAGAAGGGCAGAAUUAG